AUGGGGGUUUGUGCAUUAACUAAGAAGGAAUCAUCAAGAAAAAUAAGAAAAGCUGAAGUUGGUUUGAUUUUGGAGUGUGUUACAUAAGAAUCUUAAGUCAAUGAAUCUUACAUGACUUUAAUAGGCCAGACUUAAACUGUAUUUGAAAAUUUGUUAAAUAACAAAGUUAUCAGUCGAAAUAUUGGCUAGGCUGAAUACGAUUUCUAUUCAAAAUAAACAGAGGAAUUGAGUCUACUGAACACUUAUCUCUAAAAUUACUACAAUAACUAUUACAGGAUUGUAGUUUCUAACAUCAAAAAAUCUAAAUCUUAAAUUCAUAAUCCAACUCUAUCUGGCUAUGAAAACAAUCAAAAAUAACGGAAAGGAUUGGUGGAAUUAGUAGACAUUUUAUUCAUUGGAAAAAUUAAUUACAAAUAGAUUCAACGUCUUUCCUAAGGUGGUUUAGGAAGGAAGGAUAACACCAUUCUUAAACUUUAUACUCCUUUUAAUGAAGUUGAGCAUAAAGUUAAUGAAGAUGGAGGGGAUGACUCUUCAAGAAAAAGAAAUAUAGCCAAUUUAUGA